AUGCGGGAUCCGGUUCUGCCACCUCAGCUUCAGUAUCCGUCGGAGACUGCUGAGGUGAAAGUAGUUGAGUCUCCGCACCUGCUUCUUGUAAACCGUCCAGAUCUCCGCUCCAUACAACAGCGUCGGCAGGAUGAUCGCCUUGUACAUCUUCAGUUUGGCGCAGAGGUGGAGACCGUGACGAUUCCAGACUGUGCCUUGCAGACGACCGAAGGCUUGGCUGGCUUUGGAAAUCCGGUGGGCCACUUCGUAGUCGAUCUUGGUGGUGAGGGAGCGGGUGCUGCCCAGGUAGGUGAAGUUGUCUACGUCUUGUUGUUGGGUGCCGUUCAUGUUGAUGUGCGGUCCAGUGUAGCCAACGUUGGGUGGCGGUUGAUGCAUAACCACUACCUUCUCCUGUUGAUGACCAGGCCAAAGUUGCCGUAG